AUGGCAGCUUAUAAAGGAGAGGGGGUGGAUGAAGGGUUGGUCGAGAGGAUAAAGGAGAUAUUCGAAGAGACUCAGAUAAGGGUUUGGAUUGGGAAACAGAAAGGGGUGGUAUUUUGGAGUGGAAGGGGGCUCAGGCAAAGGUGCCCACUGAGUCUACUACUAUUCAGUCUCUUAUUGGCAGAUCUAGAAGAGAAACUGGAGAAGAAAGGAAAAGGGAGAACGGUAAUGGGAAAUAGUAAGGUAUAUUCUUUAGCGUAUGCAGACGAUGUAAUUUUAAUAGCGGAUGACGAGAAAGGGGUGAGUCUCACAAUGACAGUGUUUGAGGAUUAUGUGAGAAUUAAAGACUUAACGGUCAAUGUAAAUAAGAUGAAGAUUAUGUGUUUUAAGAAGAGUAGGACAGAAGUAGAAUAUGAAUGGAAGAUGUGCCAAAAGAAAGUGGAACAGGUGGAGUAA